AUGUUAGUGGAAAUAAUCUCGAUACUGGCUACGUUGCGGCUCGUCAUCGGGCACUUUGCUGCUUUUUCAAAUGCAAGCUGCCUUUUGAAGGGCAACACCGUACUCAAGCGGGGCAAAACAGGAAAAAAAAAGAAAAGAAAAAAAAAGAAAAAGGAACUGAACGGUUUAACAAUGUUGCUUCACAACCAUCGUGGCCCAACGCUAUUCGGAGAGCACAAGGAAACACAGUCUCCUUACACAUAGAAAUCGUCGCAAGACUAUCUACAAUUGAGAAAUGGGGAGCUUUCGAAACGUCGAGUGUCGAUAUCAGUUUAGUUUGUCGUCUAAAGUUAGAAAAAUGUCUUGAGACUUUAGCCUGCAGUAUGCCUCGCAAACGACCUCCUUAA